AUGCUACCACAGGAUCUCAUGAAAACAAUAGAUAAUUUAAACCUAACGGAAAAGGGCGAACUAAUAAGCUUCUUGUCGGACUGGUACAAUGGAAGAAUAAAGAAGCCGGAAAAUAAGGCGGAAAUCGUGGAACUGCUUCAAGAGAAAUUACCAACGGUCUACGACAAGAUCCACAGUCUGAACACUACAUUUUAUACCAAAUUCCAGAGCUUGAAGCCUGAAACCCAAGAACUACUUCGCUCGUGGCGAGACAAGGCGAUUUCGUUGGAAGGAGAUACCCCUGCUGAAUCGGCCGCCAAAAGACUACAAUUCCUGAGAGAUGUCGCAUUAUCCGUACAGACGAUGAACAACGAGACGAAGGAAGAUAUACGAUCGCAAUUCCCUACAGCUGUUAACUUGACUGAAGGAUUCGGCUUCACGGUGCUCACGACGCUCGCAAUGAUCGCGCAAAAGAUCAUGGAAUCUUUCAGCACAAUCGCUGCUGCCGUUACCGGUGCACCUCAGGAUGCACCUCAGGAAUGUCCUAUUCCUGUCCGCUGA